CUUCGAGGUAGGUUAGUAAGAACAACAAAAUUAUAAGGCAACUCUGAUAAAUAGUAAGCAAGAAGGUGAAGGAUGUAUAUUCCUUUUUCAAUGAGUCGUGCGUUACAAAUGAAUGGGAUCUAUAGUAGAGAAUUUUAUUAGACAGCUGUCUAACUGUCAAGUACAAAUCAGUUUCGGAAUUUACGCCGAGAUCUUCGGGCCAUUGCGGGAAUCUCGCUCUUUCGGUUACUAAACCAUAAUGGUAUUAUGUCGAGGUUGGUCAUACUCGGCCUUGGUCUUCAUCGAGAACUUCGGUCUUCAAGUUCUAUCUCCGCCAUCGGGCUCGAACCAGGUCCGUUUUGAGCUUUUCUCGAAGCAACUCUCCGAGCCUACGAAAUCAGGCAUGAACGUAUACAGAUAGUCCCCGCAUUUCUUAGAAUAAGAUGAUAAGAACUGAUUUGAGCCUUGAUUUUUCGGAGAACCUGAUGAUGACAUCAUCCGCGUGAUGUAAGCGCUCGAAGUGACCAAAACGUCCAGUCGGUUCGCUUCCCCAAAACAUUAAAUGCUUGCCAGUGGCAGUCGGCCACUACUCAUGUGGAGGGGUUAUACUUACCCCUUCACACUGGGUCCUAUCGACCUAGUCAUCAUUGACUUCUGCAAAAGGCACCAGGUCACCCUCAGCCAGAUCCACCUCUCUUUUUGGCGCAUAGUGAUCAUGCUCCGUUACUUCUCCAGCAAGGCCGACGGGCUAGAGUUCACCCUUAACCAUCUUAUCCGAUGUAUCGACCUCAGCUUUUUCGAGGGUUGAUCAAGCUCCAACGCCGGUUGACCAAGGCCUUCUUUGCCAGCAACGACGAGGACAAAGAUUGGGGUUGGAUGAGCUGGUUCAUUCGAGUGAGGACCUGCGAUAUCAUCCCAGAAGAGAAAAUGUUGUUCCCGGAGAAGUGGAACCCCAAUCCUGUCACUUAGAUGUCCAGUGCGAUCACCAACCCCGAAGACUAGGUCCGAAAACAAGCCGUGACCUCCUCGUAUAAGAACGCCGUUGGCGUGACUUGGCGACGGGAAGAUGGGAAGACAAACAUCAUGGCAUCGGAGACGUCUCUGAAAUGAGGCCGGCACCACUUGGGGAAGAAACCUAGUCCCCGAUUCCGAAAUCGGGGAAAGAUAAUAAUAAUAAGAGGAAAAGGGUCUCGAGGCCGAAGAUACCCAAAGCAAAAAGGGCUCCAGCUCGAAGACGCAGGAGGAAACUCAUGCCUGUGGAUAUAGACUCAGUCCACCAGCUGGAUGAUGAAGAAGAAGAAGACAAGGGCGAAGACUCACCGCUGGUGGUUCGAACCAGGAAAUCGGUUGUAGUUGCCAAGCCCUCCGAGCCAAAAAUUAUGCCUCGUGAUGAAGAGGCUCCGAAGAAAGAUGCAGGCAAGGCCCUUGAAUCGCCCGAGGUCGAGAUUGUCCCUCGGCCAUCAACAAGCACGACGAAGGGGGCGGGUUUCGAAAUCCCCAGUACUGAAUAGAACACCCCGAGUUACUUGCUCGGGUCCAUGACAAUGAUCCACUCUUCCUCUUUAUCGGCUUAUUCCGAAGAAGCCAUAAGGGAGCUCGGGCUAUGCAGACACCUGACUUGGGUGGGGUCCCCAGUGAAGAGGAUCCCUUCCCGGAUUGCUUUACCGGGGUUGAUAAUGCCGCCGAUCUCAACGACGCAUAUACCCUCUUUGAAGAGGCUCAUCGUCUUUUCUCCCGAGCUUUCACCAAUUUUAGGGCCGAUCUGAGCCAAUGUGAGGCCGAGCUCCAGAAGACCUCGGAUGAAAGGAACGCUUUCAAGCUCCUUUACAGUCAAAAGGAGGAGGAGCUUAGGGACCUCCAGACAGACUUGGCCAAGGCUCGUAAGGAUGAGGCUGAGCUAGAAAAACAGGUAACUAUCAUUUUGAAAGAGUUCGGUCUACUCGACCCAACUGUGGAGGCUAAUACUUCAAUGUAUCGGCUGCAGCAAAAGCUGGAUAGGAUCGAGCUGCUUCGCAGGGAGGUCAAUCAAGUCAAGGCUGAUUACAAUCGGCAGAAAGAGAAUAUGGACCGUCUUGCUGCGGAGAAGGAGGCUGCUUUAUCCAAACAAGCAUCAGCUGAGGCCCAACUCCGGGGUGCUAAAGAGAAUAGUUCGGCCUUGGCCAAAAGGAUUGACAAGCUCGAGGUCAAGCUUGUUGAGGCCAUGGCUGAGGUCGAUAAGACGAAGGUCACGGCUGACAAAACCAUUGCCGUAUACUUAAGGGAUGCUGAGGCUACACAAACGCAGCUAAGGGAAGCCUCCGACCGCGAGCGAUUGUGUAAUGAUUUGGCUAGGUGCCAAUCCCGGAGGGAGACCCUCGAGUAAAUCCAUGCUCGAGGUUACGACCUCAUUGAAGAGAUAGCUCAGGGAAAGGCGCUCGAAGUUGAUGCCGGAUUUCUCUUCUCCUCCUCCUCCUCCGAUGAUGAAGAAGGCAGCAAAGGCGGGUCUGAUAAUGAUGAAGGGCCCGAACAGGAAGCUGCUCCCGAGGGAGAAACCAACCCCGGGCAUAGUUAGGAUUUUUUCUUUUUGUAUGUUUCUUUUUC